AUGCCACCUACACCUGGCCGCAUUUCCUCUAUUCUCCGCCUUUGGGGCAUGAUAUGGUUCUCUAUCUGCCUGCACUGGGAAGCUCUGAUAAACGCGAUCCGUCAAAAUGGACUCGCAACUCUUGCCCACCCACAACGAAUCCGAGAUGCCGCUUCAGCAAAAUUAUUCAGCGUAACCUCUGAUGGUUUCAUCGCUUACGAAGACACAACCGCUGUUCCGUCGCUCGUGAAAGCCGCUAGCGGCGUGGUUCUCGAAUUGGGGCCUGGGCCAGGCAAUCAAAUCCAUCGUUUUGAUCCCUCCCUUGUCGACCAAAUCUACGGCAUCGAACCUAAUCCGCAUUUCAAGGAUGUCAUAGAUGCCAAGUUGGACAAACAUAACCUGCGGGAUAGGUAUAAGCUCAUAGUCUGUGGCAUUGAAGACAGCGAUAUUCUAAGAAAAGAGGGGAUCACGGAGGGGAGCUUGGAUGCCGUGUUGUGCAUUCAGGUUCUAUGUGCCGUGCAGGAUCCAAAGAACGUGAUGAAGGAGGUGUGGAAAUUGUUGAAGCCCGGAGGCAAAUUUAUUUUUUGGGAACAUGGAUGGAGUAGGGAUCGUUUGACGACUGUAGCUCAAGGUAUGUGUCCAUUAACGUGCGAUGAAGACCGGCUAACAUGGAGAACAAAUUUAGCGUGUUGCAAUCCUGCCUGGAGUACAUUUGUUGGGUGUAAUCUGACACGUAAUGUGUUGACAGACAUUCUGAAUGGUGGAGAGUGGGAAACUCCAUAUGAGAUCGAAGAACUGAAGGAACCAUUCAGUUUGAUGCCGAGAAUUCAGGGUGUGCUCGUCAAGAAGAAGGUUUAA